ACUCCCGACGAAGUCCACAGAAGGCAGAUGUCCCCUUCGAACGAUCACCCAUAAACCCAAGAAGUCCCUCCUCCAUCAUGUUUGUUUUCCAGAGGAUGGCGUCAUCGCAAGCCCUCUUCUCCUCCUUCCUCCUCUCCAACCACCCCAUCUCGCACACCCUCCUCGCCGCCGGCCUUUCUCCGGCGAAGCGCCUCGUCUCGCUCCAGAGGCGUCUCGACCCCCGCGAGCUCCCCGGGAAGCACGGGCUCUCCUCGCUUCGCUGUGCAGUGGCCACCACUGAGUCAGCUCAGUCAGCGAGUCCGAGCAGAAGUGGCAGCUCGGAGGAGAAUCCGGCGGAGGAGGAAGAAGAGGAGAAGAUUGCGCUGCCCACUAAUGAUUCGUCGGAGAGGCUCUUAAGAAUUCGCCACACGUGUGCACAUGUGAUGGCUAUGGCGGUUCAGAAGCUCUUCCCUGAUGCAAAAGUAACGAUUGGGCCGUGGAUAGAGAAUGGGUUCUAUUACGAUUUUGAUAUGGAGCCUCUGGCGGAUAAGGAUCUCAAGAAAAUCAAGAAGGAGAUGGACCGGAUUAUCAGCAAGAAUUUACCUCUCGUAAGAGAAGAGGUCUCAAGGGAUGAAGCUAGGAGAAGGAUUAUGACAAUGAACGAACCUUACAAGAUGGAGAUUCUGGAAAGUAUCAAGGAAGAGCCCAUCACCAUCUAUCACAUAGGGAAUGAAUGGUGGGAUCUGUGCGCUGGACCCCAUGUUGAAUCCACUGGAAACAUUAAUCGUAAAGCUCUAGAACUCGAAUCUGUUGCUGGAGCUUACUGGAGAGGAGACGAGAAGAGACCAAUGCUGCAGAGGAUCUAUGGCACUGCUUGGGAGAAUGAGAAACAAUUGAAAGCAUACCUUCACUUCAAAGAGGAAGCAAAACGUCGAGACCAUAGACGAAUCGGUCAGGAUCUUGAUCUAUUUUCUAUUCAGGAAGAAGCUGGCGGGGGACUUGUGUUUUGGCAUCCCAAGGGAGCGAUCAUAAGGCACAUAAUUGAAGAUUCAUGGAAAAAGAUACACAUGGAACACGGUUAUGAUCUCUUAUAUACUCCUCAUGUAGCUAGGGCAGAUCUUUGGAAGAUUAGUGGCCACUUGGACUUCUACAAAGAGAACAUGUUUGAUCAGAUGGACAUUGAGGAUGAUCUCUAUCAGCUUCGGCCUAUGAACUGUCCGUACCAUAUUCUGGUUUACAAGAGGAAGCUUCACUCUUAUCGGGAUUUUCCUAUCAGGGUCGCGGAGUUAGGGACAGUUUAUAGAUACGAAUUGUCUGGAAGCUUACAUGGCCUCUUUCGUGUUCGAGGUUUCACCCAGGAUGAUGCACACAUUUUUUGUCUAGAAGAUCAGAUCAAAGAUGAGAUCAGGGGAGUCCUUGAUCUUACAGAGAAAAUUCUACUACAAUUCGGGUUCGACAAAUACGAAGUCAAUCUCUCCACUAGACCGGAGAAGGCUGUUGGAGAAGAUUAUAUAUGGGAAAAGGCCACUUCUGCUCUCAGAGAUGCUUUAGAUGAUAAAGGUUGGAGCUAUCAGAUCGAUGAAGGAGGUGGUGCAUUUUAUGGUCCAAAGAUUGACCUGAAAAUCGAGGAUGCUCUUGGAAGGAAAUGGCAAUGCUCGACGAUUCAGGUUGAUUUUAACCUUCCCCAACGGUUUGAUAUCACGUAUGUCGACUCUGAUUCAGAAAAGAAACGUCCAAUCAUGAUUCACAGGGCUGUUCUGGGAUCACUAGAGCGGUUCUUUGGGGUCCUUAUAGAACAUUACGCGGGAGACUUCCCCUUAUGGCUCUCUCCAAUUCAGGCCCGAGUUUUACCGGUUACAGACACUCAGCUCGAGUACUGCAACAAGGUAGCCACGAAACUCAAAGCGAGUGGGAUUCGAGCUGAAGUCUGUCAAGGGGAGAGGUUGCCAAAGCUUAUCAGAAACUCAGAGAAGCAGAAGAUCCCGUUGAUGGCUGUUGUGGGUCCCAAGGAAGUGGAGACGGGGACUGUGACAGUUAGGUCUAGGUUUGCUGGGGAGCUCGGGAACAUGUCUGUUGAUGAUUUUAUCAGCACAAUCAGAUCUGCCACAGAGAACAGAGGAUCAUUCUGA